AUGUCAUCUUCUUCUUCUUCUUCUCAUCACAUUGUCCUCACUAGCUCUCCUGACGGACCCAUAAUUGCCUAUGACAUUUCUUCAGGCACAACCAUCGCUCGCUUCACGGGCAGUCGGUCCCCACGCCACGGCCUUGCCCUAGCCGGAAAGUCCUUCAUAGCCGCUUCUCACAUCUCAUCAUCCGCUACCUCAGGCUCAAUUCACCUCUACAAUUGGUGGUCUUCAACUGCCUUGCACCACCUCCCCCUCCCCGAACCCGUUGCUCCGAUUGUUGCCACUAAGGAUGGAUCGUAUUUAUUUGCCGGCGGGCUUUCCGGUAAUGUUUAUUCGCUCUCACUGCCUUCAGGGGAUCUUGUCAAAUCUUUUUCUGCUCAUGAGAAGCCGGUUUCUUGCCUUAAAAUUAGCCACGAUGGAUCGCUACUAAUCACGGGCAGUGACGAUGGUGCCAUUGUUGUUGUUCCCAUUUUUCUACUUGUAGAUGCAUCAAUGGAUCAAGAGAACUCAAACACGUUGCUUUUCCAAAGGUUUGCUGCACAUAAUGCCUCAGUGACAGACAUUGCUGGAUUAUUCAACUCUUCCAUGCUUUCCUGCUCUAUAGACUGUACAUGUAAGCUGUGGACCCUCACAGGAACACAAUUGCAGACAUUCACAUUCCCUUGUGCCAUUUUAGGGGUGGCAUUAAAUCCAAUGGAGACAGAAUUUUAUGCUGCAGGUUCAGAUGGUUUGAUCUACAAGGCAACAAUGAAGGUUAAAACCAAACAAGAAAUCUCUCAACGUCAAAAACUAGUCACGACAUUCCCCGAAAAGCACAGCGGGACAGUGGUAUAUGUUGUGAUGGUGAAUAAUGGGAAACAUUUAGUGUCUGCUUCUGAGGAUGGGAGUGUUUUUGUUUGGCAGGUAGAGAGAGGGAAUGUGAUUCUAGUUCUCGGCAACGACACGGCGAGUAUUAGUAGUCUUGUGGUGGCUGUUAAUGGAAUUGGUGAUGGAAAUAGUGGUGGUGGUAGUGGCAGUGGUGGAGGUAGUGAUGGUGGUGGAGGGUUAUCGGGGAAAGAGAUGGUAAGCAAGUCAAUAAGGGAAACAAUUGAGGUUGAAGAUGUGUUGAGUGAAGUGGGAGAGGAUAGAAGCAGAGCUAUUGAUAUGCUUGAGUCUGCAAUUGGAAUGUAUGAGAAGCUCUUGGAGCUUAUUCUCAAGGAAGCCAUGAAAGGGAGUAACAAUAACACUAGUGGAAAGGAUAACGAUUGA